UCCUCGGAAAUCUCCGCUGGAGAGGAGUGGAGGCAGACAGACGUUCUGCUGAGGUGAACUUUCUGUUAAAGUCAUGAUUUUUAGUAGUUUUGCUGGUUGUUACUUUGCGCAGACUUUCUGCGGUGCAGUCAGCUGAUUGGAGGAGCUGACUCAGCGCUAUUUUUCCCUGAAGUUUGUCUGCAGGCUCAGCGCUGAGCUGCUGACAGGAAGCCCUUCAUGUGGCGGCUACCCUGGGUUAUUUUUAAGAGUUUUUUCUGACAUGUUUGCGCUCCAGUGUAAACCUGCAGCUCCAUAAAGACUCCUUUCAUUGCUCUGUGGUAGUUUAUCCUGUUAGUUUGACUUCUCCACCGCAGGAUCAGGAUCAGGAUCCUGUUUGAGCUGCAGUCACGAGGUUCUUCUUUCACACUUCCUGUAAACACUCUCAGUCCUCCUGCAGCUCUCAGAGACAGCAGAAGAAGAAUCUGGAUUAAGUCUGGUCCAUCAUGCUCUCUUAUGAAGAAGUCCAGCAGAGUCUGGAGGCUGCAGGCCAGACCCACGUCCUUCACUUCUGGUCAGAGCUCAGCGAAGAGGAGAGGCAGACCUUUCUGCAGGAUCUGUCUCAGCUGGACCUGAAGGGGCUGAAGGAUCACUGUGAGGGGGCUCAGAGGGCUGCACAGACCCCAGUGGAGAGCCUGGACCAGAACAUAGAGCCUGUUCCUGCUGAGAGCAUCGGCAGUGUGAGGAAGAGUGGCAGACAGAGGCUGGAGGAGUGGGAGCAUGAAGGCCUCCUGCAGAUCUCGCAGAAUAAAGUCGGAGUCCUGCUCCUCGCCGGCGGUCAGGGGACUCGUCUGGGAGUUCAGUACCCCAAAGGGAUGUACAACGUUGGACUACCGAGCGGGAAGACCCUGUACCAGAUCCAAGCAGAGAGGAUUCAGAAAAUCCAGCAGCUGGCAGAGAAAAAACACGGCUCCAAGUGUACCGUCCCAUGGUACAUCAUGACGAGCGAGUUCACUCUGGCUCCUACGGAACAGUUCUUCAAAGAGAACGCCUACUUCGGUCUGAAGCCGUCAGACAUCGUCAUGUUUGAGCAGAGGAUGAUUCCCGCCGUCACCUUUGAGGGGAAAGUCAUCCUGCAGGACAAAGGGAAGAUCGCCAUGGCUCCAGACGGAAACGGCGGUCUGUACCAGGCUCUGGUGGACAACGCCAUUCUGGAGGACAUGAAGAGGAGGCGGGUGGAGUAUCUGCACGUCUACUGUGUGGACAACAUCCUGGUCAAGAUGGCCGACCCCGUCUUUAUCGGCUUCUGUGUGAGCAGAGGAGCCGACUGUGGAGCAAAGGUGGUGGAGAAGGCGUGUCCUGCAGAGCCAGUGGGCGUGGUCUGUAGGGUUCAGGGUGUCACCCAGGUAGUGGAGUACAGCGAGAUCCGACCAGAAACAUCUGAGCUGAGAGGACCCGGAGGAGAGCUGGUGUUCAGCGCCGGAAACAUCUGCAACCACUUCUUCACCAGAGCAUUCCUGCAGGACGUGGCAGAGAAGUUUAAAGACCAGCUGAAGCAGCACGUCGCCCUGAAGAAGGUUCCCUUCGUGGACUCGUGUGGGAAUCACGUCAAACCCGCCAAACCAAAUGGCAUCAAGAUGGAGAAAUUUGUCUUUGACGUCUUUCCGUUCUCCAGGAACUUUGUGGCGUUUGAGGUCGUGAGGGAGGAGGAGUUCUCCCCGCUGAAGAACGCAGACGGAGCGCCAUCUGACAGCCCGACCACGGCCAGAAACUCUCUGCUGAAGCAGCACUGUCGCUGGGCGGCGGCUGCAGGAGCCACGCUGACGGAUGGACACGAGAAUAACGUCUCUACGGCGGACAGCGUAUCUGCCGGUGAUGUUCCUCCAGCUCCAUGUGAGAUUUCCCCGCUGGUCUCUUACUUUGGCGAGGGUUUGGAGCCACUGCUGAACGGUAGAACUCUGCAGACUCCAUUUAUUCUGGAUGAAAAGAAGGCCAAAGAGCUGCAGACGCCAUGACAUUUCUCUGAUAAACACUAGAGAAGAUUCUGCAGGGUGGAGAUCAGGACCAAGACUCAGACUGAUGUGUUUGGGGACUCUAAGUCCUGAAACAACUUGUUUACUCGAUUUUUUAAUCUUAAUGGAAACUGUUUACUGUCAUUUUACUCAUUUCAUAUUACCAGAGAUAUUAGUAAUGUGAAAUACUCCAAAAUAAAAAAGGGACUGUACAUGAGUUGGGGAAUUUAUAAAAUUCUUUUUUUCUACAAGUGACAAAAAAAAUAAACAAAUACCUCACCUUGUUUCCUCUCUUGUUAUUUUUUAAUAAAUGCACCUUACUCUUCAGGUUUUUAUUUUGAGCGUUAGAAGCCAGGAGUAAUUUUACAACAAUCUCAGGAGAAGUUUCAAAAAUCUUUGUGAUGUUUUUGGGUUUUUGGUUUCUGUUAAAGAGCAUUUAAUUUAAAUAA